AUGGACUGCCGGGAUGACCUCACCUCGGUCGACAUGGAUCAUUCGGUCGUGACGGAAUCGCUCGCGUCGGCGACGUCGUCCUCGACCAUCUCACUGUACCCCUUCAUCGACCACCAUGGCUGCUACGGUACCAACCUCGCCCUUCCCGACUCGUUACCGCGCGUGCUGAGACCAUGGGACAGCAAGGACGUGUGUACCGCGAACGACGAGCUGGGGGAACCGGACGAUGCGUUGAACCCGAGGAGUGGGGGGCCUUGGACGGGAGGCUCGAUCGACAGCCAGGACGACGAUGAUGAACUCUUGGUCCAUGUCAAGUUUACUGAAUUGGUCAAGAUCAAGUCCAUGCUGAUUGGUGAGUUUGUCAUGACCUCGCUCGGAUUCGUCACUCUCGACCGCUUCGUGGCGAGGAGCUGACUCAUCCCGAUCACACGAUGUCCAGGGACCGGCGGUGGGCGAGCUUCGAAUGCACCUCGUCUCCUCAAAUGCUGGGUCAAUCGAGUCGAUGGUCUCACCUUUUCGGACGUCAACUCGACCGCGACCUCGCAAGAGUUUGAACUGCUCGAGUCGACGUCAGGAUCGCACGAUUCGCUCGAAUACCCCGUCCGAUUGGCCAGAUUCUCCAACGUCUCUACCAUCGAUCUCUACUUUGCCAACACGAGAGGUGGGGAGAGCUCGAGGCUGUACUACUUGGGUUUCAUGGGCGAGUCGAGACGGAUCAAGAAAGAGGAGAACUCGGGCAUGACCGUCGGCGCCGAGACGGGGGUGGAUUCCAUGAUCGAUCGUAUGAAGGAGUCCAAACCGAGUGGGGGAGCACCCGUGAGGUAG